CAGAAAGCCUCACUAAUCCCUUCAGCUGUGUGUCCUUUGUCAGGUACUCAGUGAUGUCUUUCUGAGGACAGCCACGCUACAAAACAUUUCAAUAAACAUGGCCAGCAAACUCUGGAUUUACUUUUCCAAUCUAUGAAAUGUUAACACAAAUGGAUUUAUCAAUACUCUGGUAUGGUUUUUUCUUCAUCGAAAGAGAAGUCAUCAGAUUCAGCUGUCUCUGCCAUUUGAAGGUAACAGCUACAGGGGGUGGCUAAAGGACCUUGGAAAUUCUCUGCAUCACUUACUCCACCGUUUACCGUUUUGAUGGUAUCGGUGUGAAAAACUUGUAAGCUUAACAUUUGGAAAAUGGGAUGUUCACCAUCCAAAGGUAAUACAUUUGGGACUGCGGGCUCUUUGAAGAGGGGAAGAAUGCUGCCCGCUGUACCUCCAGAGCAGCCUAGAGAAGUCAAUGCCAAUCAUAUUUCUGCUGGAUCUAUUAAAGACAGGAAGUCUAUUGGACAAAAACAGUUAUUUCAAGAGGAUCAACUGCUGUUAUCACAAGAAGAUACACGUGUGACUGUGCCUGCCACAGAGGUAUUAAACCCGAAUACAUUGACAAGUCAAAGAAUAGAUAACAGCAACAUGAUGCAGAAAAACGUAAACAUAGGGGACAAGCAGGAAGUCAUUGAGAAAAAGGCAGGCAAAAAAACAAAGAGGAUUUCAAGAGGUAUGAAAGUGCUGAAAAGGAAAGAUAAAGAGAUGCAGAAAAUUGAUUUCCCAGAACUUCUGGUAAAAGCUCACCAAGCUGCUUAUGCCUUUUUAAAUCCUAGCAUAAACAAAUAUGAUGAUGUACUUGAACUGCUGGAAAAAGCAAUGCAAACUCAAGCCUUUCUACAGCCAAUGGUUUCUUUUCUGGCAUUGCGCUAUGAAGAAAUAAUUCAGGUUCUGGAAGAAAUUGUUGAUGAAGGAGAAAAAAUGCUUAAAGAAAAUGGCGAACAUCUUGCUUGGCCAAGUCAAUUGAAAAACCUGUCAUCUUCUGCACCUCUAAAAUCACGCUCUGCUAUAGAGACCCCACCGGAUUUGUUGCAGCAGCUGCUUCAAUACACCACACAGAGAAUGCAGAAUGUGAGCCAGACUGUUGGAGGAAUUGGGGACUCUGCCCUGCAGGAGGCGGUGGAAUACUUCUAUUCUGUCUCAGAACUUUUAGAGGAGAAACUGAAAGUCAAACGUGAAGUUGAGACUAGGAUAAUGCGACUGUCAUCCCGCAUUGAAUUGGCAUCUCUUCGCAAACUUGGGCCAGAGGACUCUGCUCUCUUUAGCGAGGACAGUGGUAUUGGGGCUGAGAGUGAAUCCCUUGCUGGAUCAGAAGGGCAUCAUAGGCGUGUGAGUUGUGAAUCUAGUGGAACCAACAGAACUACUCCAAUAAGUCAUUUGGCAUACACCUCAGCAGGACUGGCAAGGAAAAAACAGGCGUGUCAAAUAAGUCCAAGUGCUUCCCUUACUUCACUGACCUCAUUAGCUUCUAUGUGCACAAUGAUGGCUAAUAUGCAAGGUGAAUCAUUACAAGGAUCAGUCUCUUUAGAUGAUGGCGAGGAAGAUGAUGAAAAUAAAAUGGAUGGAGACAUUGGAAAUAGACACGAAGGGAUGAGAAAGCAAAUGACUUCUCCACCGUUAAAUUGUGAACAACAAAAACCAUUACGCUUACCCUCCAAACGUAUAGAGAAUCCUAAAAACGUAGAAAUGACCUUAAAAAUGAAAAAUGCUAUGAGUGGUAAAUUACAGUUUCACCAAUCAACAAGCGUUGUUGCCAAAUCCAAGGUAGCAGGUAGUCCAAAAGCGGUGAGAGAACAAGUGACUUAUGAGGCGGGGCCAACUCUAAAAAGAUCUCAAACAACAGUUAGAAGAGCAGUAGUCAAAGCAACCCCAGUGGUGGAAGAGAGACGUUCCCGUUCUGUUGAAUCUUUGCGCAGCAAAUGUGACGAUCCCACUUUGCUUGAACUGGAAAAGUCUCAGAAAAAAAUAAGUCAGAGGUUGCACAAAAUAGCCAAAAGCAAGGAGAGUGUAAAGCAAAACUCAAAAGCAACACAAUCCAAACAAAGUCAUAGAACAUCACCAGCAGAGUCUCCGAGAAUAAAUCGUAAGCACCCAUCUUUGGAAAAGGAUGGCAAUCUACGAGACAAGGCAACACUUACAAAGCGCAUCACCAAAUGUCAGGAAGCUGCCACCAGUAUAGAGGAAGACGAUAAGCUGAAAGAUCAGACAACAUUUAAGGGCCCUUUUAAAGCUACGCCACCUCCGAGCCCCCCUGCAUCACCAAGACCCACUUCAAGUCUGUAUAAAGGCAGGAAUUCUGUCAGAAAACUCAUAGAUACUUUCAGUCAAGGAAUAGAAGAUAUGGACAGCUCUGAUAUUGGACCACUUAGGGGUGUACGGAAGUGUGGUGUUCCAGUGUUGCCAGGUUUAGGAAAUGUCACAGCUUUUCUGAGCCCGGGGAAAACCAGUUGUAGACCUGAUAGAACACAAUGUGAGAACACUGAUUAUUUAGAUUUGGAUAGUCUUCCUCCACCCCCACUAGAAGUGUUAAUGGACAAUUCAUUUGAAAGUGCUGGUGUAACAGAUGCUGGAACAAUCAAACCUGUAAAAUCACCUAUGGCAAAAAGGACUGGACUGUCACAGCGACUACGGGCCUCAGGUCGAUCUGUAAUAGUGCUACCAAGCAAAGGUGAUGUGCCACAAUGUACAAAGGAAAUUUCCCCAGCUAAAGUAGAUCAAGUCAUAACAUUCCAGACAAAUGUCAGUCAACCAGAUGUUCAAGGUGAGCUUGACCCAGUGAAGGAAAUAAAUUCUACUUUGUUGCUGCAAAUUAGAAAAAAUAGAUACCUUAAACACUCUUCCCACUCACAGUCGGAAAAAUCUUUAAAAAAUUAUGAAGUAACAAGUCAAUCUACCAGUCAAAAAGAUUCAACAACUAUACAAGAGGAUGACAACCUCUUGAUGGCGGAAAUAAACUCAACAUUGUCUGAAGUGCCUCCCUCAUCGUCCGCCAGUAGUCAGUCACUUGCCACUCCAGCGCAGUCAAAGGGUCGAGUGUUGCCAUCCACGCCUUCGACUAAAAGGACUACUCAUCGAAGACUUCCUAGUCCCCACAGUUUCAAAAAGCCACCAACACCGCCCUCUUCAGCCAGUCCCCCAGUUACCAGAAGACCUACUACUACACCAGAAGGUCACAAGAAACUUACCAGCUGGUCCGUUAUGAAGACUAUGAAUUCAAAUGUUUCCUCCUCAUACCCAUUCAAAGCACCAUCACCGCCUGCUUCACCAAAAGUUCAAAGAUGGUCAAGAGAAAACAGCACAGAAGACUCUACUCGGUUGAUCAGUAAUGCACGGUCCGUCUUUUGCCCAAUUUCUUCAUCCUUGUUUGAGGCCAAGCCUUGUACAACUCCUCAAACGACUCAAGCCUGGACGUCUGCCGGAGGCUCUUCUCUAUCACAUACUUGUGGGAAUCGUGGCAGGUUUCCUAUGUAUGUCCCAGGCCCCCGACAUUUUAUCCAACGAAGCCAUUCAGAGAGAAGAUCAAGUUUAAACCUUCCACCUCAAUCCCCAGGCUUCUCAGUUGCUGAGACUUGUGGAAGUGAACCAGCUAUUUGCACACAGGGACUAGAUGAUGAACUACCAAGAGAAGAGGAAUCAUGGGGAAGCCAGUCCAGCCUCAGAUCAACUCCACUCUCUGCAUCCUACCCGGAUUUGUGUGUUGUUGGACAGGCCUUGCACAGGGACUAAAUGGACCAAUGACCAGUGGACCACUGGGAUUAUGGAUUAACAGGUUUUAGAAAGGAUUUAAAGUGAUGAUUCACCACUGGUAAGAGAGGAGUCUUUCUAGCCACCUUGAGGUUCUACUACACUUGGACAAUGUCUGUAUGAGCAAAUGUGCAUUUCUACAUAUUUAUACAUUUCAAGCAAAUGCAAAAAAAGCAAUCAUGUGCUGACAUAACCUGAUUUAUGAGUGUUUUCAAAGAAAACUACCACAAACACUCAAAUUUGAUCAAAACGAGGUUGAGUGAUCAGCGAUUCCUAAAAGCAACAACCUAUUUCAUAUAUUUUUGUAAUAAAGAUAUUAUUUUAGGCUACCAGACUUUCUGUUACUGUAACUGCAGGUUCCAGAAUCCGCUGAUUAUAGGACCAUUUUCUGUAUGUCAAAACACUGUAUAUACCGUAAUUAGUUUAUAACCGAUGAUUGUUUUUAUUUACAUUUUCUGUUUGUCAAACCUCUUUUUGUACAGUGUAGUAAACUGUAAACAAACAAUGUUCCUUGCAUUUCAUAUUCAUUCUGUUGACUCCAUCCUUUAGAAAUACUGUUUACUGGGGGUGCUGAGAAAAAUCGAUUCACAUUCGAAUCGUGAUUAAUACUUAAUUUUAUAUAAUAUUUUUUAAAAUAAAUAUUACAUAAUUAAUAAUUUUCUUUAGUUUUCUUUUAAAGGGGUCAUAUUAUGAUUUAUUACCUAUAUUCGAAACAUUUAUUUGUGGUCAACAUAAAACGUAAUAAUGGUUUGCAAAUAUUAUAUUUUACAGACUAUCUUCAAGCCGCUUUCUGAUCGUCUCUUCAGAAAGCACCGUUUUAUGGGCGGUCUUAUUUACGUGCCUCCACUUCGACUGUGUCUCUUCUCCUCGUCAGCCAUGUUGUACUUUAGUCUGUUUUAGUCUUUAUACUGACAAAUAUAAGUUAGAACCAUAGACUUAUUUGUAUUAGAAAUGGCAACAGCGGAGAAUGCUGCCCCACAACAAGAAGAUAGAGAAAAUGAAGGAUCUUAUUGACUACAGGGUCGGACUACAUAGGCGGACGAAAGCUCUUCAAAAAUCUCUACCAUAUAUGGAGGUAUAUUUACUGACGUCACUAAUAGCAAAACGUCACAAGUUGGGUAAAUUCCAAACGGCUCAUUUGGAGGAAGUAUAAAGGGAGGCAAGAUUGUUUUAUGAAUCCCUCCGCCAUGCUUCCAUGGUUUGAUUUCAAACUUUUGGGACUUAUGUAGAUCCUAAAUGCACAAACAAUUGGUUUUACAUAAUAGGUUCCCUUUAAGAUUUUUUUUUACAAAGACCCUUUUUAGGCCAUCUCUGUUCUUACUCGCUGCACAUACACUUCAUACAUCAGCAGCCUAAAGGAGCUUGUGUAACCUGUGACUUGAAAAAUUUAACUUGAAAAAUAUUUUUUUAUAAUUUGUAUAACAAAUAAUAUAGUACAAUAAUCAGUUUGAAUCGAGACUCAUGAGUGGUUCACGAUCACGCGUUCACAUCCCUACUGUUUACUAGUCACGAUAAACUAUUAAAAUAAGUAACAUACUUGGUAUAAUUCGGUACUGUUGAAUUUGGACGCUGGAGCAGAGACAAACAACAAUACAUUGAAAACUAGGAAGAUUGAGAGAAAAACUGAAGGAAGUGGACAUAGCCACAACAGGAGAAAGAUGAAAAAUAACAGAAAUGGCACAAAAGUAUGAUUAGGAACCUGAAAUGACUCUGAAAAGAUCAGGUAAAAUUGGUAAGAACCAGACAAACAGCAUAAUAAAGAAAAAGGUCUUUCUGUCGCAGAGAAAUUGUGUGUUAUUGAUAAUAGAGGAUUUAGGCAGCAAUUAAAUGACUGAAUGAUUGGACAUUUAAGUAAAUUUGGCCACGGUACUAUGCAUGCGAUUAUUUGGGGACAAUCGCAGCGUAAAAUGAGUAUCAAAGCCCGCUCUGCAAACAAUUUAUUGGACACACUGAACAUUUUCGACUUGCCGACAUGAUGUGAAUGUUACAGACAGGCAGGCACAGCCAAUACACUGUAACUGGUAUUCAAAAUAACAGCGUUGAGAAUUUCAGUGACAUAUAUCCUUUUUGUCACCUAGAUGAUACACCGUAUACAUUUUUCUGAAAAUAGGAUGUAGCUACACUAAGGCCUAAUCUACAAAACCCAAAACCAGAGAAGUUGGCACAUUGUAUGAAUCGUAAAUAAAAACAGAAUGCAAUGAUUUCCAAAUCCUUUUCAACUAAUAAUAAAUUGAAUAGACUGCAAAUACAAGAUAUUUAAUGUUCGAACUGAGAAACUGAUUUUUUUUGUUCCAAAUAAUCAUUAACUUAGAAUUUAAUGGCAGCAACACUUUGCAAAAAAGUUGGCACAGGGGCAUUUUUACCACUGUGUUACAUGGCCUUUCCUUUUCACAACACAUUUGGGAACUGAGGAGACCAAUUUUUGAAGCUUUUCAGGUGGAAUUAUUUUCUAUUCUUGCUUGAUGUACAGCUUAAGUUGUUCAACAGUCUGGGGGUCUUCCUUGUCGUACUUUACGCUUCAUAAUGCGCCACACAUUUUCAAUGCGAGACAGGUCUGGACUACAGGCAGGCCAGUCUAGUACCCACACUCUUUUACUACAAAGGCACGCUGUUGUAACACGUGCAGAAUGUGGCUUGGCAUUGUCUUGCUGAAAUAAGCAGGGGCGUCCAUGAAAAAGACGUUGCUUGGAUGGCAAAAUAUGUUGCCCCAAAACCUGUAUGUACCUUUCAGCAUUAAUGGUGCCUUCACAAAUGUGUUAGUUACCCAUGCUUUGGGCACUAAUACGUCCCCAUACCAUCACAGAUGUUGGCUUUUGAACUUUGCGCCUAUAACAGUCCAGAUGGUUAUUUUCCUCUUUGGUCCGGAGGACACGCGACGUCCACAGUUUCCAAAAACAAUUUGGAAAUGUGGACUCGUCAGACCACAGAACACUUUUCCACUUUGCAUCAGUCCAUCUUAGAUGAGCUCGGGCCCAGCGAAGCCGGCGGUGUUUCAGGGUGUUGUUGAUAAAUGGCUUUUAAUUUGCAUAGUAGAGUUUUAGCUUGCACUUACAGAUGUAGCGAAGAACUGUAGUUACUGACAGUGGUUUUCUGAAGUGUUCUUGAGCGUGAUAUGCUUUAUACACUGAUGUCGCUUUUUGAUGCAGUACCGCAUGAGGGAUCGAAGGUCACUGGCAUUCAAUGUUGGUGUUUGGCCUUGCUGCUUACGUGCAGUGAUUUCUCCAGAUUCUCUGAACCAUUUGAUGAUAUUACAGACUGUGGAUGGUGAAAUCCCUAAAUUCCUUGCAAUAGCUGGUUGAGAAAUGUUGUUCUUAAACUGUUCGACAGUUUGCUCAAGCAUUUGUUGACAAAUUGGUGACCCUCGCCCCAUACUUGUUUGUGAAUGACUGAGCAUUUCAUGGUAGCUGCUUUUAUACCCAAUCAUGGCACCCACCUGUUCCCAAUUAGCCUGUUCACCUGUGGAAUGUUCCAAAUAAGUGUUUGAUGAGCAUCCCUCAACUUUUUUGGCAUUUGUGCCACCUUUUUUGAAACAUGCUGCAGGCAUCAAAUUUCCAAUGAGCUAAUAUUUGCAAAAAAUAACAAAGUUUACCAGCUCCAACGUUAAGUAUCUUGUCUUUGCAGUCUAUUUAAUUGAAUAUAGGUUGAAAAGGAUUUGCAAAUCAUUGUAUUCUGUUUUUUACACAACGUGCCAACUUCACU